AAUGCUCACCCACAUGGAUGUAAACACAUUUGUGUACAAAUAUGACAGAACGAAGCUUUUGUGGUAUGGAAACUUUCUGGGAUCUUUUAUUUCAGCUCAUGAAACAUGGGACCAGCACUUUACAUGUUGCGUGUAUAUUUUUGUUCAGUGUACAUUCACGGGAACUCUAGCUUCACCACCUAUAAUAGUCUAUGGUUGCAGGCAAAACACAGGAUCCGAAAUGUGUUUUUUGGGGUGGAGCCCAAUGCCCAUUGAGCGUUCCCUGUGCGCUCGAGCAGUCUACGCGUUGUUGAUACUGAUUUAAUCCACAUUGGGAGCGGACAGUUUGAAGACGUGCGACCAGAGACAAAAUUUGAGGAAUACUCGGAUUAAUGUCAUUUAUUUUUCGUCUGUCUAUGAGCACGACCAAGUAAAUUAUAUUUGGCGGAUUUAAACAAGCACUUUUUACUAGGGAGAACGAGAACGACCUUCAUUCAGGUUGAGGUGAAGAGACUUGUCACCACACUUGUUAAUUGUUAAAUAUUUGUUUUGUAUUAUUUAGCCAAUAGUUUAAUAGCCUAUAGUUGAAUUGAACAGAACAAAAUCGAAUGUAUAAGCCAAAUAUGUAGACACGUAUCUGUAGUCUAUGCUUAUUUUUGUCAUUUGUAUUUUUUUUGCCCGUUCUUAUUUUUCGAAAUAAUCCACAUUCCCUAACCUACGAUGUUCCCUUGUCCAGUUUAUGUUUUUGAAUAGCCUUUUCGGAUUUGCACUAUCCACUAGCUGGGACACAAGACCCACCUGUUGCAUUUCGAGGCAAAACUCACAAAACAGAAAUGUCACAACUAGAGGUCGACGUGGCCGGACUGGGUUUCUCCAAAUUACCUGCUGGGUUCGACGCCAACUCCUGCUUCCCUGGCCGAAUACCACCAAGGCGAAGAAGACACUCGGCAAACUCCAGGAGAAACUCGUACAGGUUGAGCAAAAUAAAUACCUUGGAUUUGGAGCCUGAAGUUUACGAUGAUGCUCCUCUCUCCAAAACUCACUCCUGGUCUGCUGAUGAUAUUUUAGCCGAAACAGCGGCAGAGGAGAAAAAGGUGGACUCCUCAGCACCAGCCUCACCUGUCUCAAGCCCGGGAACGAGCACGUGCUCACCCCCUGGUACCCAAGCGUCAGACCCCAAACCACCUCUUGAUACCUGGGACGCGCCACAGCCCAACUCGCAAGCACAGGGCACAAGUUCAGAUUCCGAGGAAGAAAUCACUGACAAAAAGGUCAUUUUAUCUCGAGCUCCAUUUGAAAGAAAACGGGAGCAAGAGGAAAAGGAUGAAAUUGAAACCAAAGCCGUGGCGACGUCACCUGAUGGAAGGUUCCUCAAAUUCAACAUUGAAAUUGGGAGAGGGUCGUUCAAGACGGUGUACAAAGGCCUGGAUACGGAGACAACAGUAGAGGUGGCAUGGUGUGAGCUACAGACGCGGAGGCUGACGAAGGUGGAGCGCCAGCGUUUCAGUGAGGAGGUGGAGAUGCUGAAGGGGCUGCAGCACCCCAAUAUUGUCCGCUUCUACGACUCCUGGAAGGACAACUGCAAGGGCCACAAGUGCAUCCUUCUGGUCACCGAGCUCAUGACAUCAGGCACCCUCAAGACGUACCUGAAGAGGUUCAAGGAGAUGAAGCUGAAGCUGCUGCAGCGCUGGAGCCACCAGAUCCUGAAGGGCCUCCACUUCCUCCACACCCGCACCCCGCCCAUCAUCCACAGGGACCUCAAGUGUGACAACAUCUUCAUCACCGGCCCCACAGGCUCCGUCAAGAUCGGCGAUUUGGGCCUGGCCACACUAAAGAGUGCCUCGUUCGCCAAGAGUGUCAUUGGGACUCCUGAGUUCAUGGCUCCAGAGAUGUACGAGGAGAAGUAUGAUGAGGCGGUGGACGUCUAUGCCUUUGGGAUGUGCAUGCUUGAGAUGACCACGUCUGAGUACCCCUACUCCGAGUGCCAGAACGCUGCCCAGAUCUACCGUAAAGUCACCAGCGGAAUUAAGCCGGACAGCUUCUUCAAAGUAAAAGUCCCUGAGUUGAAAGGGAUCAUAGAGGGAUGCAUCCGCAUAAAUACAGACCAGAGGUACACCAUCCAAGACCUGCUGGAACACACCUUCUUCAAGGAGAACAAUGGCGUCCACGUUGAGCUGGCGGAGGAGGACGACACGGUGAAGUCUGGCCUGAAGCUGUGGCUGCGUAUGGACGACACCAAGAAGCUGCAUGGGAAGUACAAGGACAACAACGCCAUCGAGUUCCUGUUUGAACUCUACAAGGACGUACCCGAGGAGGUGGCCCAGGAGAUGGUGGUGCUGGGCUUCGUCUGUGAGGCAGAUUACAAGCUGGUGGCCAAAGCCAUCCGGGACCGCGCCACCGCCAUCAAGCGGCAGCGGGAGAAGCAGCGCCGGAUGGCCGAGGAGGCCUUGCGCCAACAACAGGAAACUGUCAUUGAGGAAGAACCAGAGUUGGCCCCCGAGCCAGAACCGCCCACCCCCAAACCUCAAAUAGCCCUUCCCAUUAAACAGCCCGCCCCUGUCUCGGCACCCCCUGCCCAGAGUCUGCCCACUCCGAUGGUGUCGAGGCCGGUGAUAUCCGUGGCUAACGGCUCGGUGGAUUCGGGGAUAAAUGCCAGCUUCACAGCAGAGACGGAGGAGCAGGAGGCAGACCAGCGGCUGCACUACAACAUCAGACACGCCAGCUACUCCUCUGCCACGUCCGACUGCGAAAUGGAUGGCUACCUGAGCUCCUCUGGCUUCCAGGAUCCCGGGGAUCCCCAUCUCCAGCCUCCUGUUAAUUUCGCCCCUUCCUCCAUCACUCCUGUUCCGUUGCCCCUGGAGAGCCCUCGCAUCGAGGCCCUGGCCAUCAAGGCUCCUCCCCCUGACGCUCCACCAAUCCCAGCUCUCCGCUUCCCCUCGAGUAUCGCUGUAUCCAACACUACCAUGCCCCAGUCAGGAAAUGCCAGUGGUUUCUCUUCUCCUGUCGACAGCUAUGCCUCUGAUGUGACAUCAGGCUUGAGUGAUGGCAAUGAGGGCCUAUCAGAAAAGAGUGCCAACAAACGUACCGGUACCAAGCUCUUCAGGAGGAGAGCCCGCUCACGCUUACGAAUCACUGGGUUGUCUGACAAAGUGGACCGUGUGGUAGAGUGUCAGCUCCAGACUCAUAACAGUAAGAUGGUGACCUUUAAGUUUGACCUGGACGGAGACAACCCGGAGGACAUUGCUGCUGUCAUGGUCCACAAUGAGUUCAUCCUUCCCUCUGAGCAGGAGGGCUUCAUCUACCGCAUGCGUGACAUCAUCAAGCGUGCAGAGGCCCUGAUGAAGAGGGGUGAGCCCCUGAGUCUGGGGGACGCUGCCCACCAGCUCUACCCCUACCUCAGCGAAGUGGGCACCCUGUCCGCCUCGCAGCCAAACUUACAUGCGCAUGGACUGGAACGGACACAUUCCUCUUCAUCUUUGCCCGACUUUGCUGAGGGCAGCGUUGCUCAGCUCCGAGGCUCGUCUCCUGUGGCGCCUGUUGGAGACUUCUACAUCGACCCAAAGGCGGUCCCUUCUGUUCGCCCCCUCCGCUCUCAGUCCUUCCAGACCACGUCAAGUUCUUCCCAGACCUUCCACCCGCCUGCUUCCCAUUACCCCCAGUAUUCCCACCCCGAGGCCGUGCCCCCCGUGAUGCCCCUCAAUCAGCUGCUUCCCCUGCCCCAGCAGUACCCCACCCCCUAUGUCCCCAACACCCACUUCCCCUUCCCUUACCCUUUCACCCAGACCUCCUCAAAGCCCGCCAGCGCCCCCCUCACCCCCGAGACCCUCCACCGGGUCCUAAGCGACUCCAACCUCUCCUCCUCUUCCCCAUCCCCUUCCUCCUCCCCUGCCAAGCCGGCCACCCCAGGGCAGCAGCAGGGGGGUGAAACAUUACCUCUGAAGGGUGAGGUAGUGGGCAGUACCCCUCCAGCCCAACAGCAGCAGAACCCAGGCAUGUGGCCCCCCAACAGCCACAACCAGCCCCUCUUUUCCCUGGCCAACGUGUUGUCCCUGGCCAUGAGCGUGGCCCAGUCCUUCAUGCCCCCCACCUCCAUGCCCAGCGGUCUGAACCCAGCCCAGUCUGGCUCCUACCACCCCUCCAUGUUUGGCCCUCCCCAGCUGAUGCCAGGGGAGGGCCCCUACCCACCCCAGGGCCAGAUAACAGCAGGCCAGUAUCUGGACAUGUGCCAGCAGUAUGCAGACACCCAGGCUCUGCACCAUCAGGGCCUGUUGAAAGCCAACGUAGCCCCAGGGUUACCCCAGCAUGGCGGGCUAGUGGAUGAGACUGCUUUCAGGCAAGCUGGCUCCAGCCUCUCUCCUCCAGGAUCCAGGGUGAGUCCCCAGAUGUAUUGCCAGCUGGGGCCCAGGGUGGGGUUCCAGGAGCAGACAGACAGCUCAGCCUCCACCUCUAUCACCAGCUCCCCCUCCUCCUCAGCUCCAGCCAGCCCACAGAGCACCGUGUCUUCACCCAAGCUAAGAACCUCUUCACCCCUGGUGGUGUCAGAGUCGGGAGCAAACGCUGCCAAAAACAGACUGUCACCUAUCUCUGAGGAGAAAAAGCCUACAGUUACCGUCGGCCGUUUCCAAGUCACACCCAGCAGAGAGAUCCCUGCAGCCUCCGCUAGCCCCGCCCAGGAUCCUCCCCAAACCCACCCACAACACCAAACCCCGCCCACAGUCACCGUUAGCACCAGCCCUUCCUCCCGGGACAGUGAAUCUGAUACCAGCACCGAGGAGCAGGGGGGCGAAUCAGAAAGCAGCGUUAGCACCUUAACCGUGUCCCCUCCCCAGCGAUCCCCCGGCGGGCCCCUGUGUAACCUAGACAUCGCCCACUCCUUGCCUGGAGGCCCUAAGCAGACAGAGCAGGAGGACCAGCAGGAGAGUGAGGAGGAGCCCGACAAGGAGCCCGACAAGGAGCCAGACAAGGAGAAGAAGGAGGGAGAGGAGGAUGAGGAGGAGGAGCUGAGGAGAAGGGGGGGUCGGAGGCUGAGCCUGAGCCUGUGGGAGGGUACAGCGGGGAGCCCCCAGUUCAGUGGGAGCAACCUGAACCAGCCCUGGAUGAGCUACACGCGCAGCGCCUCGUAUGUCAGCAGUGACGAGACAGAGAGCGAGAACGAGGAUAUGUGCGAGGAGCUACAGGAACUCAGGGACAGGCACCUGUCAGAGGUGCAGGCCCUCCAGCUCACUCAGAAGAGGGAGAUUGAGGCGCUGUAUGUGCGGAUGGGAAAGGUGCCUCCCCCUGGCAUCGUGUCCCCUGCUGCCAUGCUCAACAAACGCCAGAGGCGCCUCUCCAAGAGCGGCAACUACCAAGGCUUGCGUAGGAACAGCCUGCAGAGACUGGAUAUACUGCCCCCUGCAGGGAUCAUGCGUAAAAACUCAGUCAGUGGCAGCAGCAGUGGCUCUCAGGAGAGGUCCAGUAAAGGGGUGACCUUUGCCCCCGACUACAACCGGAUGUGAGACGUGUCUCCCUGUGUGAUCCGGAGAACUGGGGGUUGGGGCUGGUAAUACUGUGGCCAGCCGCCUCCCCUCCCAACCACCAACCAGGAAGAGAGGGAGCCCAAUGAUGAUCAAUACGUUGCCCAGCCCAGUGCUGAACAGAUAGCUCCCAGCCUGAGCCUUGGGAUGGGGAAACCGAAGACAUGGGCCUUUUCUGAAUUGGAUUUGCCCAACUCCUGCGUCCUCUUUCCUCUGUCCUCUCUCGUCUCCUUUUGAAAAAGGUCAUUGAGGAGAGGUAGCAAGGAGAGUGAACGAGGACGAAAAUGGGCUUGUAAGAAAUUAAACUUUUUCUCCACUCAGGCAAAUGACGUUUACAGGGGUGGAUCCCAAAAUAAAUUUGUAGAGUGAUAAAAACAAAUGAAGUUAGUUGUUCAAUACAUUUUAUAGAUACAACUAUAAGUAGCCUAUUGUUUGUAAACAAUAAAACGUGCAUGCUUUUCUCCAUCAACAAAACAAAAGCUGAUUCAAAGGGGGUGUGGCAGAUUUAUAAGUUCUUCCGUGAAGGACUCAGGUAGGAGACACAUGACUAUCAUCUAUGAAAGAUGGCUAACAAGGAGGAAGAACACUCUUCUGUUCGCCUUGACCACUUAUGAGUUUCUGAGUCACGGAGGAGAGAGGACGAAGGAGAGGUUGGAGGACGGACUUUUUCCCAAAUGAGAAAAGGCCAUGGUCAUCCACAUCACUAAACACUAACGACGAUGGAUAAGGAUCCCAUUGUCAGAGAACCAAAGCAUCCUGUCUGCCAUCUGGUCCAUGUGCAAUACCAUGAGUUAGUAUUGUGACACCAAUCCAAGGAUGUCACCCUCCUCAUCUUAAGGAUGCUAAGCUUAUAUAGCUGUGUGUAGCAUCAGGUCAAGUGGAAAGUGAGCAUAGGAAGGCUAAUUGUGUGUGUUUCUGCGUGUGCUCUUAUGCGGUUGCUGCCUGUGCUAGCCCUGGAAAACACUCGUCCCAGAAGCCCUGCUCUCUCCUGCACCUCGUCAUCCAACUGCUGCAAGCAGGAACUCCUCUUAAUACAAUAUGACCCUAUUCAAUCCGAAGUGCUGAAGAUCUGCUUAAUGUUGAAAUUGACAACUAACGGCCAUGUUCCUGCGGUUGUGGAGACUGCAUUCACGGUAAACGCUGCAUAUGUCUGCUCAAUCGGAAAAAGCCUUAACAUUUUUAUGUGGGUCAUCUGCGAUACUUCGGCGAUAUGGAUCAAAUCCAGCCCUAGCUAGACAGUGUUUUACUGUCCAGAUGUUAUGAAUCAAGAGAUAAGAUAGCUUUAGCAGGAUGAGAUGCCUUCAAAACAGUGCCUUUGUAGGGUUUGUAAUAUUGUUUCAAGUUGGUAUUUGAAGGGUUUGCAAUAUUGCGUAAGGAAUGGGAUGAACAAAUAUGCAUCUAAUGUAUUGACCGGCAAGUCAGGUCAGCAGUUUUCCAUUUUGCAGCUCCGCUUACUUGGUGUGCCGGGUGAACUAAAUCAAGUACACCUAAAUAGGAGUCAAUCCAAGCUGCCUGCAAGUAUCAGCAAAACAACAGAGUUGUAUUUGGUGUAAACAAAUGUUCAUGAAGCAACACAAAUCACACAUGGUGCAUGAAAAACUAAAUGUCACUUUACUGAACGUACACUGAACAAAAAUAUAAACACAACAUGUAAAGUGUUGGUUUCAUGAGCUGAAGUAAAAGAUCCCAGAAAUGCUCCAUAUGCACAAAAAGCUUGUUUCUCUAAAAUUACAUUUGUUUACAUCCUGGUUAGUGAGCAUUUCUCCUUUGCCAAGAUAAUCAAUUCUCCUGACAGGUGUGGCAUAUCAAGAAGCUGAUUAAACAGCAUGGUCAUUACACAGGUGCACCUUGUGCUGGGAACAAUGAAAGGUCAUUCUAAAAUGUGCAGUUAUGUCACACAACACAAUGCCACAGAUGUCUCAAGUUUUGAGGGCACGUGCAAUUAGCAUGCUGACUGCAAGAAUGUCCACCAGACCUGUUGCCAGAGAAUUGAAACAUUCAUUUCUCUGCCAUAAACCGACUCCAACUUCGUUUCAGAGAAUUUGGCAGUACAUCCAACCGACCUCACAACCACCUACCACGUGUAUGGCGUUGUGGGGUGAGUGGUUUGCUGAUUACAACGUUGUGAACAGAGUGUCCAAUGGUAGUGGUUGGGUUAUGGUAUGGGCAGGCAUAAGCUACGGACAACAAACACAAUUGCAUUUUAUCGAUGGUAAUUUGAAUGCACAGAAAUAUCGUGACGAGAUCGUGAGGCCCAUUUUUUGUUAAGGUAUAUGUGACCAACAGAUGCACAUCUGUAUUCCCUGUCAUAUGAAAUCCAUAGAUUAGGGUCUAAUGAAUUGCUGAUUUCCUUAUAUGAACUGUAAACCAGUAAAAUCUUUGAAAUUGUUGCAUGUUGCAUUUAUAUUUUUGUUCAGUAUACAAACACUCCAGGUCUUAUAAUAUACUACAUGUUGUUCAUUUGUUACUCACUCUCUAUGGCCUAGUAGUAAAGAUACUGCGUGUCACUUAUCAGCCUUGAUUUUUUAAAGCAUAGAGUGGACGCUUAUGCUUUAAACAUGUAUUUUAUCUACUUAAUCUAUGGAUUGAUACAAUGCACUUUCCAUAGGGGUCGUUCACUAUUAGUAUUGAACAAUUGCGUCCCUAUAAAUAAUAGCGGGGUAAAGAUGUAUAGUUAUAUAUUUUAAAUCGGUAUGCGUGCCUAGCAUUUAGUGUUGGUAAUUAUUUGAUUCAUGACAAAGAACUGAAGCUGUGAAGUAUUCUGAGCUAUUUGCCUUAAAGUAUGCAGAUGGGGAACGAGUGUAGUAGAACACAUGAAAUAUAUUACUCCGAUUGUGUUCUUCUAAAUCAAGACCUCAACAGUAAAUAUACAAUGAACUCUAUUUUGUUGUCAAUCAUGUUUCUAGAAAACAUACUGCCAUGCAGAUUCUGUGCCUUUACCAUACUUUUUUUUAACCUUCCAAGCGUGAUUGUUUCCUAAAUCGUAUUUGUAAAUAUUGCUAAUAAAAUGACUAUUCAACAUCA